CGCAGGCCAGCGGAUCCGCGCACGCGUGCCACCACCCUGCCUGCGGGCGGGGGCGGGGCCACAUUGCGUCAUCGGGGCGCGCUGCAGACAACGCGAGUUUGCCGGAAGUUGGGCGGUGUUCUCUAGGGUCACAUGGGAUGGCGGCAACAUCUGAGACUGUGACUGUGUCGGAGGACUUGCACUAGUGUGCCCGUCAGACUGGCUUGUACAAGAAAGGAAGAGGCGUGGAGGCGAAGGCUGGGAAGGUCAGUUGUGUCAUGAGGAGGCUGCAUUUGACAAAAUAGCCAGACGCCUCCGCUUCACUCCCAAGGUUGUGUCUUCAGGUGGCCCCUCUGGUUCUCAUUACCUUUCGUUUGUCUGUUCUGAUUAAGCAUACCCGCACAUGUCCUUUUUCACCAUGUUUUGUGCAAUGUGGCUGUGUUCUGUUUUAUUUUUAGCAGGCAAUAAAUAAUGGCAGCAGCUAUGGGGGAUCCUGCACUCUGCAAGUUGCAGUUUGCCCCCUUCAGCAGCGCCUUGGAUGUGGGAUUCUGGCAUGAGUUGACCCAGAAGAAGCUGAAUGAGUAUCGGCUGGAUGAAGCUCCCAAGAACAUUAAGGGUUAUUAUUACAAUGGUGAUUCCGCUGGGCUGCCAGCUCGUUUAACCUUGGAGUUCAGUGCUUUUGACAUGAGUGCCCCAACCCCGGCCCGCUGCUGCCCAGCUACGGGAACACUGUAUAACACCAACACACUCGAGGCCUUCAAGGCUGCAGAUAAGAAGCUACUUUUGGAACAAGCAGCAAACGAGGUCAGCUGGGAACCAUGAUGGACCUGUCAUGUUUUCUGUGGUCCUAUGGGCGGGACUUCUGCUUAAGUGCAUGAGUCUGUUGUAGAAGCUAGUGAAUAGUUGGUUUUCAAACUUAGUUGUGGGCUUCUGUGUUGAUGGGAAGGUCAGGGAGAAGGCAGUCCGGCUCUUGCCUCAGGAGAGGCCCGAAAGUCAUAACGGAUGGCAGGGCUGUGUGUGAAAGCCCUGCUGCUGAUCUGCAGUUCGCCUUUUGCAGCAGCUUGGCCUCUGGGUGGGGGUUCUGGUUCUGUGUCUGAAUGUGUUUGGAUUUUUGGUCCUUUGUGCCCCUUGGAGAGGCUCUCUAGUCCUAAGUGCUGUCCUGCUAUCAUGCAGUUUCCCCAGUGUCCUCAGGGCUAAAUCUAAGCCAUUCUGUCUGAUUUACAAGGUCCCUCGUGACCUCUCUGUCCCAUCACACUUGCCUGAGCCAGUCUCAGCAGAUCACUUAAAAUUCCUUCCUUUGCCACUUUUUGUUCUCUUCUCUCCCCUGGGGCAUGAUGUUCUCUCUGCUUGGAAUGUCCUUCCUUUCCUUCUUCACGUCUGAGUUAGUGUGAGGCAUCGAAUGGGACAGUUUACCCCAGUCCCAUCUAACAGCCUCUUAACUGAGUGGUCUUCACUCUAGGCUUAUAGAAUAGUAGAGGCUUAUUUACGUGGCUGCUGAGGCCAGAGAUGGAAGUCUCCUGCCUUUCGUCUGAGGAAGGUGUCCCUUCUGUCCCUGCUGGUGGAGGCAGCUUGUGACCCCGGGUACCUUCCUUGGCCUGAGGCGUUACUGCUCCUGGGCUCCUGCUUUGGCUGCACAUUUCAAAAUUCAUCUGCAAAGAGGUGGGUCAGGCCUCAUGGAGAAAAGCAGGGUCUCUGCACCCACAACACCUCCCACCCCUGGCUUUGUCCAGGGCUCAGCUUCCCCCCCACCGCCCGCAAGCAGUUCUCACUUCCCUCAGUUUGUCAGACGCGGGCCUCCUCUGUGGUCCAGCUCCUUCCAGGUUAUUAUUUAUUUCAACAGCAGGAACUUCUCUUUGCAUAGUUCCCUUUUCCACUCAUAUGUGGGCAGGGACUAUUAUUGGCACCACUGUUUGUCUUGCUUGGUGACACAAAGUUUAGCAGCUAAUCUUAGUUACUAAAACAUCUUGCCAUCAGUAGUUGCUGGCCAGGACCAGCUUCUGCUUCCAGUCACAAUACUUACUGAGUAUUCAUAAACCUGAUUUUUUUUUUUUCAUUACAGGGAACGUUAAUCCCAAAUAAGAUGUUUAUGAUAUCCCCUGCCCGUAGUUCAGGUCUGCCUGCCAGCCCCCUGCCCCCAGCCCUUUUCCCUCCCCCGUCCUUAGCCGAGUUCAUUGCUCCUUCCAGGAACUCCACCUGCUUUAGGCUAGCAUCUGCUACCUGGUAGUGUCCAUGCCUGUCUCUCUCAUAGACUAAGCUUCUUGAGGGUGGGGAUGUGUCUUUCAUGUCUGUAGCCCCGAUGUGCCUAUGUAAUCAAUGAUUAGGAAAUGUUUGUUGAAGGUGUGAACACAGCCUGGUUGCCUCCUCUGAGCCGAGAGCCCCUGAGAGGAGACGCCUCGGUUCUCUGACUUCCCGAGGUCUCUGCAGGGAGCGGAGUGGGGGAGAGGCAUUGUGAAGAGGGCAGAGUGAGUUGCAACCCCUUACUCCCAGGGUCAUCGUGCAGGGCCUGCUGUGCCACCCAAGAGUGAGGAACUUGGCAACGUGGGAAGUGCCUUGACGCGUUUCUCUCUUCUGGCAGAUAUGGGAGUCCAUCAAGUCAGGGGCUGCUCUUGACAACCCUGUCCUCCUCAACAAAUUCCUCCUCUUGACGUUUGCAGAUCUAAAGAAGUAUCAUUUCUACUAUUGGUUUUGCUCCCCUGCUCUCUGCCUUCCAGAGAGUAUUCCCCUUGUUCAGGGGCCAGUGGGCUUGGAUCAAAGAUUUUCACCAAAACAGAUUCAAGACCUUGAGCGUGCGUAUGAUAAUCUUUGUCAAACAGAAGGAGUCCCGGCACUUCCUUACUUCCUAAUCAAGUAUGAUGAGAACACGGUGCUGGUUUCCUUACUUAAACACUACAGUGAUUUCUUCCAAAGUCAAAGGACAAAGGAGUAGCAGUUUCCAGUCUGUUGAAGUCCUGUGCUUCCGGGAUCGAACGCUGCAGGGGGUGAGAGACAUCGCCCACAGCAUCAUCUUCGAAGUGAAGCUUCCAGAAGUGGCAUUUAGCCCAGAUUGUCCCAAAGCAGUUGGAUGGGAAAAGAACCAGAAAGGCGGCAUGGGGCCCCGGAUGGUGAACCUCAGCGAAUGUAUGGACCCUAAGAGGUUAGCUGAGUCAUCCGUGGACCUCAAUCUCAAGUUGAUGUGUUGGAGAUUGGUCCCUACUUUGGACUUAGACAAGGUUGUGUCUGUCAAGUGUCUGCUGCUUGGAGCCGGCACCUUGGGUUGUAACGUAGCUAGGACGUUGAUGGGUUGGGGCGUCAGACACAUCACAUUUGUGGACAAUGCCAAGAUCUCCUAUUCCAACCCUGUGAGGCAGCCGCUGUAUGAAUUUGAAGAUUGCCUGGUGGGUGGUAAGCCCAAGGCCCUGGCAGCAGCAGACCGCCUCCAGAAAAUAUUCCCCGGAGUGAAUGCCAGAGGGUUCAACAUGAGCAUCCCCAUGCCGGGACACCCUGUCAACUCCUCCAGCAUCACCCUGGAGCAGGCCCGCAGGGAUGUGGAGCAGCUGGAGCAGCUCAUCGAAAGCCAUGACGUCGUGUUCCUGUUGAUGGACACCAGGGAGAGUCGGUGGCUGCCUGCUGUCAUUGCUGCCAGCAAGAGAAAGCUGGUCAUCAAUGCUGCGUUGGGAUUUGACACGUUUGUUGUCAUGAGACAUGGCCUGAAGAAACCUAAGCAGCAGGGAGCUGGGGACCUGUGUCCCAGCAACCCUGUGACAUCUGCUGACCUCCUGGGCUCAUCACUUUUUGCCAACAUCCCUGGCUACAAACUUGGCUGCUAUUUCUGCAAUGAUGUCGUGGCCCCAGGAGAUUCCACCAGAGACCGGACCUUGGACCAGCAGUGCACUGUGAGUCGUCCAGGACUGGCCAUGAUUGCAGGAGCCCUGGCAGUGGAAUUGAUGGUUUCUGUUUUGCAGCAUCCGGAAGGGGGCUACGCCAUUGCCAGCAGCAGCGACGACCGCAUGAAUGAGCCUCCGACCUCCCUCGGGCUCGUGCCUCACCAGAUCCGAGGAUUUCUGUCACGAUUUGAUAAUGUCCUUCCUGUCAGCCUGGCAUUUGACAAAUGUACAGCUUGUUCUUCCAAAGUUCUUGAUCAAUAUGAACGGGAAGGAUUUAAUUUCCUAGCAAAGGUGUUUAAUUCUUCACAUUCCUUCUUGGAGGACUUGACUGGUCUUACCUUGCUGCAUCAAGAGACCCAGGCUGCUGAGAUCUGGGACAUGAGCGACGAUGAGACCGUCUGACAACACCCCCCGAGAGGCUGACCCCUCCCUGGCUGCCCCACAGGGCUCUCAGUGGCUGGAGCAGGACGGCCGCCCCCAGGACUGGUGAUUCUGGGCCCCAAGCCCCUCCAACCUUUCUGGUCCCCUCGUCCCUAUACCUUGAGGACUGGGGUCCUUCUUCCGCUGCCCAGGAGCUUCUGGUGUUCUCCAUUUCUUAUGAUUCACAAUCCCACCAGUACUGAGCUAAAUAAUAACCUUGGCUUUGGCAUUGCCAUUGAUCUGGGACUCAGUUCCCUUCACGAGCAGUUCUCUUUUCUUGUUGUCACAAGCGUUCGGUAGUCAUGUUCCCAGGAUCCUUCUGGUUCUGACCCCCAUGGGGUGGCAGUUAAGGACAGGGAGGAGUUGGCUGAACACGGACCAAAUGAGGCUGUGAGGAACCAGCUCCAGCUCUGCAGACUGCACCGAGAGGCCCCCGGGCACCUGUGGGUGCUGAGAGCCUUGUUGGUGCACGUCCGCAUGGCCUGCUGGCGGGAAGGACAGAGGGGACCACAGCUGUCCCAGGGAACACAGGCCUCCAUUAAGGACAGAGUGUGCAGCCCACACUGCUCCUGCGCCUCUGGGGGGAGGGGGGUGCAUGUCUGUGGCCAGGAGUCCACCAGGGGUGGUGAGGUGGUGAGGCGCUCAGGCUGCUUUUCCUCCUCAUCCUGGGUGUGCACAUCCGUGACACCCACAGAGCUGGGCAAGGAAGCCCAGGAGAGGUACCCUUCCUGCACUUUUAUUUCUGUGGUGUCACCUUUUGUUUUGGGACUAGAGCCAAAGUCAAAAUCGAGUCUGAGGCUGACUCGUACAAGAGCUGGGGUUUUGUAGGUUAUGUUUUAUCUCUCUUCUUUUUUUGCUUUUUAGGGCCACACCCUCGGCAUAUGGAGGUUCCCAGGCUAGGGGCCGGCAGGUUGCGGCUGCCGGCCUACACCACAGCAACGCCAGAUCCGAGCCGCAUCUGUGACCUACACCACUGCUCACGGAAACACCAGACCCUUAACCCACUAAGCGAAGCCAGGGCUUGAACUCACAUCCUCAUGGAUGAGAGUGGGAUUCAUUUCUGCUGCGCCACAAUGGGAACUCCAGGUUAGGUUUUAAAUAUUGCUUCUCAUGGCGUUAAAAUUAGUUUCCCAGCCAAUGUGGGGCUUGAAUCCACACAGCCCCUGUACACGGGGGUAGGGCGGCGAGCCCGGCUCCCUCCCGCCCCCACUGCCCCGUCCUGUCACUCCAGGACCCAGGGAUCACACAUAGUCUGUGGUUUAAGAGCACUUUAUUAUUGUUCUUAAGGCUACUUUUAAGUACAAAAAAAAGAUGGCCUGCCAAACCUUUUUUUUUCUUCUUCUUCCAGGAAAAACAGGCCACAGAGAAUGGUAUAUUACAGAUUUACAAACAUGGAGAGAAUGGUCAGAGCACACUGCAGAUGGCGUGGCUCAGUGAGGAACCUCACUGUGCCCACCCGAGGCCAGGGAGUGUCCCUUCCCGGUGACAUGUUUGGUUUUCUGCUUCCCCGUCUGCCUAAGGCCUCCUCCCGGGUGCCGCCUAUCCCAGACAGGUCAGCGCGCUGGGGACCCGGCCCUCAGCGCCAUUGUCCCCUCCAAAGUGAUGGCCUCGCUGGUGGACGGUGGGCGUGUGAGGAGCCUAUUCUUGACAGAGCCGCCAGCAGCGGGGGAGUUUUCCUGUGGCGACGCUCAGUAGCCUGUAGCAAUAACAAACUAGUGGCUAUUAAGGCAGAUGCAGUGUUCUCAUAGAAUAACUGUGUUCCUGCACUUUUACAGACAAAUCUACGACAAAAAAAAAAGAUCAACUUUUUUUUUCCAAACAAAAAAAUAUGAAUGAUUACAAUAGGAAAGGGAAAAAUUAAAUAGCUACAUAUCAUUAACAAAUUAAUUGUUCUUCAAAAAAUACCUACAAAUUUCUCUGUACAUUCUUUACGCACAGCGUAAUGAUGGUCUUAAAGUUACCUAUAUAAAAAAAGUGUUCUCAACGAUUUUUCCUACAGAAAAUAUAGGGGCCUGAAUGCAAAAGCCUGGAAGCCCAGUUAAGUGGGAGGGAAAUGUGUGCGGGGGGCCCAAGGAGGCAGCUUUCCUCCCGCCUGUUAAAAGACCUGCAGCCGCCUUGUGGCCACAAGAGCCAGUCCGCGCGCCUUUUCACCCAAGGCCACGUUUCAAAACGAACCUGCUAACCUGGAUCUUUCUCAUACUGAAAACCAGCCUCAAGGGCCCCCGUGAGUCCACAGUGCCGCGCAGCCAGGCGAGCGCGCAAGCGCCCUGGUGGGCGAAAUGGGAAGGUAGCGCGGGGGGGGGGGGGGGGCGC